AUGCGAUGCUUUGCCCCCCAAAUCAUCUGCGCCAUGAUCGGCUUCGGCCUGCUGGGAUCUGCCAAAGGGCUGGACGAAGGUCUGAUUGCGACCACUGUGGACCUGCCGUCUUUCAUUCAGGAGUUUAAGCUUCAUGCCAGCAACCUCAGUGCAGCUGAGCAAGCCAACCGGUUGUCUAACAUCACGUCCAUGGUGAACCUCGGCUGCUUACCCGCAGCAGUGCUAGCCUUUUUGCUGAGCGAUAGAGUGAGCCCGCUGUGGAUGAUGCGGCAGUUGUGCGUGCUGUGGAUCGUGGGAGUGGCGCUAGUGAUCUCGUCAUCGGGUAACUAUGGCCAGCUGCUGGCGGGUCGCUUCAUCGUGGGGCUGGGGAUUGGCCAAGCUGGCAUUAUCGGGCCCAUUUAUCUUGCUGAGAUUGCACCGGCCUCGUGGCGGGGUAUGAUGGUGGGUGUGUAUGCUGCUUCGGAGUAUGUGGGUGUUUUGAUAGGGUAUUUUGCUGGGUACGGCGCAUCACUGCAUAUCGCCAACAAUAACAACCAGCAAUGGAUCAUUCCGCAGUCGAGUCAGAUAAUGAUGGCCGGGUUCAUUCUCAUUGUGUCCAUCGGCUGUGUCGAAAGCCCCCGCUAUCUAUGCCAGAAGCAGCACACCGACCGGGCCACACGAUCCCUAAGUCGACUGCGAACCCUCCCCGAAGACAGCCCCGAGAUCCAGGACGAGAUCGAAUCCAUCCUGCAGCAGACAGCACACAAUACCUCUAAGAAUCUCGGACGAUCUUUGCUGACCUCAUGGAAACUUUUGUUCGGCCAGUCAGCCAACCGCAAACGCUUUCUGUUCCUGCUCUCAGCCCAACUCUUGAGUCAAUGGUCCGGCACCAACGCGAUCACAACAUACGCCCCCAAGUUCUUCUCCCUCCUUGGCAUGACCGGCUCCUCGGAGAAACUCUUCAAGACCGCCAUCUUCGGCGCCGUGAAACUGGGCUCCGCCCUCCUCUGCGCCGUACUGUUUCUUGACAGCCUCGGCCGUAAACGCUGCCUCACGCUGGGGAUUGCCCUGCAGGUACUCGCCCUGCUGUAUGUGGCCAUCUACCUCACCGCGCUACCCUCCGGAACAGACGGUAGCGCGUCCGCUCAUCGCGCGGCCAUCGCCGCCAUCGCCGCCAUCUAUAUCACAGGCGUCGGGUACGCCUUUGGCUGGAACUCGAUCCAGUACCUGAUCACGGCGGAGAUGCUGCCUACGGCGGUCCGCACGCUGGGAACGAGUCUGCUGAUGUGUGUGCAUUAUGCGAACCGGUUUGCUCUUACCAAGGCUGUCCCGACGAUGAUGCUGGCGGAUGCGCUGCAGCCGAAGGGCACCUUCUGGUUCUUCUUCGUGGUGGCGCUACUGGGUCUCCUGUGGGGGGUGUUCCUGUUGCCGGAGACGAGGGGGCAGAAGUUGGAGGAGACCAGUCAAUCAACUGAGACUCAUGAUUGA